CCUGAAAAUCUCGAAUCUAGAAGUCAGUUCAUUGUUACCGUAUCCGUGCGAUUGAGCGAUGCAGCUUUGGAAGGAGAGGAACGUCUAUUAAAGAUUGACGUUCUGAUUGGCGGAGUUGAGUGUCAUGAGUCUAUUCAGUUGAAAACUGUACAAGAAGCGGAGUAG